AUGCGCGGUCGCCUUUGUGUGGGUCGAGCGGCGGCGGCGGCGGCAGCGGCGGCAGUGGCGGUCCCACUGGCAGGCGGGCAAGAAGGGAGUCCGGGCGGCGUCCGGCGUGGGAGCCGCGGGACCACCAUGGUAAAGAAGCGGAAAGGCCGUGUCGUCAUCGACUCGGAUACGGAGGACAGCGGCAGCGACGAGAACCUGGAUCAGGAGCUCUUGUCCCUGGCAAAACGGAAGCGCAGUGACUCUGAGGAGAAGGAGCCACCCGUGAGCCAGCCUGCAGCUUCGUCGGACUCGGAGACUUCCGACAGUGACGAUGAGUGGACAUUUGGGAGCAAUAAAAAUAAGAAGAAAGGAAAAGCCAGAAAAAUAGAGAAGAAAGGAACCAUGAAGAAGCAAGCCAACAAAACUGCCUCCUCAGGCAGUUCAGACAAAGACAGUUCGGCUGAGAGCUCAGCACCCGAGGAAGGUGAAGUGUCAGAUUCUGACAGCAACAGCUCCUCUUCUAGCUCCGACUCAGACUCAUCCUCAGAGGAUGAAGAGUUCCAUGAUGGCUAUGGAGAGGAUCUCAUGGGAGACGAGGAAGACAGGGCUCGACUAGAACAGAUGACAGAGAAGGAGAGAGAGCAAGAACUGUUCAACCGCAUAGAGAAGCGGGAGGUGUUGAAAAGAAGGUUUGAAAUCAAGAAAAAACUAAAAACAGCCAAAAAAAAAGAAAAAAAAGAAAAAAAGAAAAAGCAAGAAGAGGAGCAGGAGAAGAAAAAGCUGACACAAAUUCAAGAAUCUCAGGUAACAUCCCACAACAAGGAACGACGUUCCAAGAGGGAUGAGAAACUCGAUAAGAAAUCUCAAGCCAUGGAGGAGCUGAAGGCAGAGCGAGAAAAACGGAAGAACAGAACAGCUGAGCUCCUCGCCAAGAAACAGCCAUUAAAAACCAGUGAGGUGUACUCCGACGACGAGGAGGAAGAAGAGGACGACAAGUCCAGCGAAAAGUCAGACCGUUCCUCCCGAACUUCCUCAUCUGACGAAGAAGAAGAGAAAGAAGAGAUCCCUCCAAAAUCACAACCAGUCUCCCUACCUGAGGAAUUGAAUCGGGUUCGGUUGUCACGGCAUAAGCUAGAGCGUUGGUGUCACAUGCCCUUCUUUGCAAAAACUGUCACAGGAUGUUUUGUUCGGAUUGGCAUUGGAAACCACAACAGCAAACCAGUUUACCGGGUGGCUGAGAUCACAGGUGUGGUGGAAACUGCCAAAGUUUACCAGCUUGGUGGCACCAGAACAAACAAAGGGCUACAGCUGCGGCAUGGCAGUGACCAGCGAGUGUUCCGCCUAGAGUUUGUCUCAAACCAAGAAUUCACCGAAAGUGAGUUCAUGAAGUGGAAAGAAGCGAUGUUCUCUGCUGGCAUGCAGUUGCCCACUCUAGAUGAAAUUAAUAAGAAGGAGUUAUCUAUUAAAGAAGCUCUCAAUUAUAAAUUCAAUGAUCAGGACAUUGAAGAGAUUGUAAAAGAAAAAGAAAGAUUCAGGAAAGCUCCACCCAACUAUGCUAUGAAGAAGACUCAGCUGCUAAAGGAAAAAGCCAUGGCUGAGGACCUCGGGGAUCAGGACAAGGCCAAACAAAUCCAAGACCAGCUCAACGAGCUGGAGGAGCGCGCAGAGGCCCUGGACCGCCAGCGGACCAAGAACAUAUCUGCUAUCAGCUACAUCAACCAGCGGAACCGGGAGUGGAACAUUGUGGAGUCUGAGAAGGCCCUUGUGGCUGAAAGUCACAACAUGAAAAACCAGCAGAUGGAUCCCUUCACCAGGCGGCAGUGUAAGCCCACCAUCGUUUCCAAUUCCAGAGACCCGGCUGUUCAAGCUGCCAUCUUAGCCCAGCUCAAUGCGAAAUAUGGCUCUGGAGUGUUACCCGAUGCUCCAAAGGAAAUGAGCAAGGGCCAGGGAAAAGACAAAGAUUUGAAUUCUAAGUCAGCCAGUGACCUCUCAGAAGACCUGUUCAAAGUCCAUGAUUUUGAUGUGAAGAUUGAUUUACAGGUUCCCAGCUCAGAGUCCAAGGCUCUGGCCAUCACCUCCAAGGCCCCGCCAGCCAAGGAUGGAGCUCCACGGAGAUCUCUGAACUUAGAGGACUACAAAAAACGACGAGGGCUUAUUUGAGCGCACCCAGCCUGCUGCCUCCAACCCUGCAUGCCCCACUGGUGUCCCACCUCUCCUCUCCUCUUUCCUUUGGUUUGCCCUCUGUGGGCUGGAGCAGCAGUAGAACUGGGAAGAGACUCUGAACUGCCAGUCAUCUGUAAUAUAAACCAUUCUCUGUAUAGACCUCCCUUGUCUCCACCAGCCCCUAGGCCCCACCCAGUGUGGAUCUGGGCUGUCUCGGGUUUUCCAGGUCUUUAGAUUUGUGUUUUGCCGGUUUUGGUUUUUUUUUUUGUUUGUUUGUUUGUUUUGUUUUGUUUUCUGGUUUUGGUUUUUCUUUAACCAGCACAGUUCAUUGGCCACUCUGCACACAUUCAGUAUUACCAUGGAGCUGGGAUUCUUGCUGGACCCCUGGUGGCAAUAGCAGCAGCGCUGGACAGUCUCCCUCCAGACUGCCGUGGGCCCAUCCAUCGACCGUUUGGCGCCUGACCCUUUCAAGGGAGUGGAGAUGAGGCACCGCAACCCUCCUUCCUAUCUCUCCCUUCUUUCCCUCUCUGUGGAAGAGGCAUUUUCAAAACCAGUUUAGUUUCCAAAAAGUGUACAUUUGUGGGGAGGGGGGGGGGGGCCUAAUUUGAGAGUGAGUGUGUGUGUCUGUGUGUGUGUGCGUGCGUGCGUGUAGGUGUGUGUGUGGAUUUUUUUAUCAUUUUUUAAAAAUGCAGUACUCUUUGUAUCAGUCUGUCAUGGGUCUAUAGCUGUUUCAGAUUUUUUUCAGCUGUACUUGAGCAUCUGAAACUGCAAGAAAGAAACUCAUUAAAUGUGACUCUUCUUACUAAACAGGCCUGGCUGCUGUAGCUGUGUGACUCCCUCUCUGCCCCUUCCCCCAUCACCUCCCCACUGGGGCAGCAAAAAGCCUUCUGGUUCAUUCCCCUGCCCUCAGCCGCGACCUGGCAGGCGGGAGGGAGAUCCAGGGCAGUGCCAGGGGAAGCAGCAGAGGCGUCUGGCGCAUCUCCUGCGCAGCUUCCUGGCUGGACGUAGUAUGUCUUGUUCCCACCCAGUUCUACCCAUCUUCUCCUCCUGUUUUCAUGUUUUGGCAAGAAUAACAUGUUGUUUUGUUUUCAAGAUCAUUCAACAUGAAUGUGGAGAGCAAACAAACAGAUUAGGUUGCAAAUGUCAGCAGCAUGAGCCGAGUGUGCAUAUCCAUGGUAAGCAUAUAGUGUUGUGCACGAGGGUGAAGCCAGCAGAAGUGUGUGUGUCAUGAUGAGAUGUUUGGAAAGAGAUCAGCUGACUGCUUGAUAAUCGUUCUCAGGUGUAAAGCUCCAAGUGUAAAUAAAAGUGGCAUUUAACAAAUCUUUCCAGAACAAAGUACGACUCACUAUAUAUACCGAGAACUAAGCUAAAGAAACAGCUGAGCGCUGACUUCCGCGGAAGGGAGAGGAAGCUCUGCUCUAUCCCGCUCUGCUUUCGUUUAAGGAAGGGGGAUGAUGGGAAAUCAUGAGUUCCGUUGUAUUUAAACAUAAAAACAAACUUUGAUAGCUCUUUCUGAUUCAGUACAGCCUCAGUGUUGCUUUAACUUAGUUUACAUUUUUUUUACUCUUAAGGAAGCAGCAAUGGAUGGUUUUUAUUGUGACUGUAAGAUUGGUAACUAUGACUGUAACACAGCUAUGUUGUAGCUGGGACACAGCCGGGCUGGGCACAGGACUGGUGAUGGACUCAUUAAAAUCAUAUAUACUUGAACAGUCCAUUGACCAAAGCUCUUUAUAGACUAUUGUGUAAAUGUGGAAUCACAGACUGUUAAAUAUUGCCGGGGCUCUGGCAGAGUCUUGGGGCUGCUGGAACCUCUCCUAUCAUGUCAAACAAACUUGGACUCCUUUUUCUCUUUCUGGUUUUAAAAGGCAUAAAAUCAUAGAAUCCAUAUGAUUUGUGGGAGUCGUUCUGACCCACUGUGUAGAUCUGUAUUUAGUAUCAUUUGGAUUUGGAAAAGUGUCAAUUACAUUAUGGCUGUGUAAUAAAAUUUUUAUUAAAACUGCA